CAUAGCGUCCAUCCAUCCGCUGGCCCUUUUUUUUUCCUGCUUCGAAGUUGCUGUGUCUUGCUGUUCUUUAGGCGUCGUCGCUGCCUGUCGCAUCCAAUUGACAUAUUAAUCGACUACUGCCCGCUUGGAAAUCCGUUUUUUCAAGCUUAAGCUGCAGCGUCUGCUCCGUCCGCCACCGCGCUAAACAACGCGCUGAAGUGCCUCGGAUAGCGCAGUGCACGACCACGAGCAUCCAUCCAGUGCGCCCCUGUAGCGCAGCGUCAUGCUCUCCCACGCAACCAGACCUGGCCUCCGAUCGGCUAUGCGCGGGCUGCCCCGCAGUUUUGUAGAGGAUUGCCCCUCCAUUGCUUAUAGACCUGCACCGUCGUCCGUCAUGUCCCCUCACUCUUCUGCUGCAUCAUCCAUUUCUUCUGCCUCUCGAAUCAACAAUUUGUCUGGUCAUUUGCAAUUCACAUCCAAGAUGUCUUCCUUCCAAGCCCCCCACGCUACUCUCCUCAUCCCCGGCCCCAUCGAGUUUGACGAUGAGGUCCUUCGCUCCAUGAGCCACUACAGCCAGGCUCACGUUGCCCCUGCCUUUGUCGAGACCUUUGGCGAGACCCUUUCUCUCCUCCGCCAGGUUGUCCGCUCUACCGACCCCAACGCCCAGCCCUACAUUAUUAACGGUUCCGGCACCAUUGGCUGGGAUCUUGUUGCUGCCAACCUUGUCGAGGCUGGCGAGGAUGCCCUUAUCCUCACCACUGGUUUCUUCGGUGACCGCUUCGCUGACUGCCUUACCCAGUACGGCGCCAAGGUCACCAAGAUUGCUGGUGAGGUCGGCUCUGUUCCUUCUUUCGAUGAGAUUGCCAAGGCCCUCUCCGAGAAGAAGUACAAGAUCAUCACUGCCACCCACGUUGAUACUUCUACCGGUGUUGUUUUCGACCUCAAGACUCUUGUCGAGACUGUCAAGAAGGUUUCUCCCGAGACCCUCGUUAUUGCCGACGGUGUCUGCAGUGUCGCUGUCGAAGAGCUUGCUUUCGACGAAUGGGGCCUUGAUGGCCUCGUUACCGCCCCCCAGAAGGCCAUUGGUGCCCCUGCUGGUCUCUCCAUCUCUUUCUUCAGUGAGCGUGCUGUUAAAGUUGCCCACAGCCGCAAGACUCCUGCUGCCUCCUACUUCGCCAACAUGGAGCGCUGGACCCCUAUCAUGAAGAACUACGAGGCUAGAAAGCCCUCUUACUUCUCUACUCCUGGUCCCCAGCUCGUCCACGCCCUCAACACUGCUUUCAAGCAGAUCCUCGCCCGCCCUAUCGAGGAGCGCAUCCAGAAGCACACCCAGGUUUCCGACAAGGUCAAGAAGGCCGUCACUGACAUGGGUCUCAAGAUCGUUGCCAGCGAGCCCAAGAACCAGUCCCACGCUAUGACUGCUAUCUACCUCCCCGACGGCAUCGCUGCUACCGACCUUCUGCCUAAGCUCCUGGCCAAGGGCGUUAUCUUCGCUGCUGGUCUCCACGCUACCAUUGGUGCCAAGUAUGUCCGUUUCGGCCACAUGGGUGUCAGCGCUGUUAACGAUGAGCGUGGCGACAUCGACAAGGCCCUCAACGCCCUCAAGGCUUCUCUUGAGGAGUGCGGCCACAAGGCUUAAGUAUUUAAAAAGGACAUAUACGCGCAAUUUAAUAUAGAAAAGAGACUUUGAUUUUACGGAUACAUUAUAUUAUACAGGAAAAGCAAUGAAAUUGUAUAGAUUUUACACAGUUCUGGCUCUACGAGGCAACAAAACCAGUGUGCUUCGCUACCGCCGCUAACGCCGGGGCAGGUGACGCUGGUGGAAUGUUUGGUUUCUAAGCAAUGACUGCGGUAGGAGACGGAACAUAUGCUGAUCACCUGGUUCGGAGAUGCGGUAUCGUAGCGGAAUUAACCUGGCGAUCUGACUAUGAUCACUGGAAUAUAUUCUUUUCGCCGUUGGUAUAAGAGUUACUAUUGAGUUUGCUGUGGCUGGUGGCAUUAAAUUCACCUGCUCUCCCUACUUCACUGUACACCAG